GCUAAACGGCUGCGAUGAAAGUUUAAACACCAUUUAGCGAAUUUAAAGCAAACGACAUUAAACAGAAAGUUCACGGUCUGCAAGGGAAUCUGUGAAACACGGAAAUUCAGAGGGAAAAGAGGAUUUUAUUUAUUAUUUCUUGUAGAAUACCAGAGUUCUAUUUUGGUCGUUUGGAAUUUUGAAAAGUACAGUGAAUUUGAUCCACAUGCGCUUGGUUCUCCUAUGAAGGAAACAUUUAGUACUCCGGAAGUCGAUUGGCAAACGUCCUCUCAAUGGAUAAUAAAAAAAGAGGAUUUGGACUAUACGCCCUCUGCUCUCGACGGAAUUCCUUUGGUACAAGAAGAAAUUCAGAGGUCCAAAGGCUGUAACUUUAUCAUCAACGUGGGCUUGAGAUUAAAAUUGCCUCAACUUACAUUAGCGACAGCAAAUGCUUACUUUCAUCGGUUUUACCUUCGAUUUUCCCUGAAGGAAUAUCACUAUUAUGAUAUUGCAGCGACUUGUGUUUUUUUAGCAAGCAAAGUAGAAGAUUCGAACAGGAAGCUGAGAGAUAUCAUCAUCAAUUGCGCAAAGGUUGCUCAAAAGAAUAACAACAUCCUUAUAGAUGAGCAGACCAAAGAAUACUGGCGCUGGAGGGAUGUUAUUCUUUACACAGAAGAAAUUUUACUGGAAGCAAUAUGCUUCGAUUUUAAAGUAGACCACCCUUUCAACGAUUUGUUGCGUUUAAUCCAACAUUAUGUCCCCGAUCACAAAAACCUCACGAAAAUUUCCUGGACCUAUAUCAAUGACAGUACGAGAAGUAUUUCUUGUUUGCUUUUUCCAAGGAAAGUGAUUGCAGCAGCAGCUUUUCAGUACGGCCUUGAAAAAACCAAAACAUCACUUCCUCUCAAUGAAGCAGGCACUCCUUCAUGGUUAAUCGAAAAUAACAUUUCAAUGGAUGAUAUACACGCUGUCAUGAACUUAAUCCAUUCUUUGUACAGACAAAUCAACAGUGGAAAGCCCGUUCCACAAGGUGAAGUUAAAUCAGAUUCGCAGAUGCCGUCUCAAUCCAGUACUCCUUCAACAAUGGCUGCAAGCUCUGCCCAAUCAACACCGCAAGUUGAACCUGCUAUUACAAAGCUCUCCUUUGAAACAGGGCAAAAAGCCCCUCCUUCUCAGGCUGACUCCCUUAACACUCCUCAAAGUGGGCAGAUAGAACAAGAACAGCGUGCUGCUGAGGCGGACAAAAAAGAAGAAACCCAGGGAGUGAUGGAAACUAGCUAGAAAAAGAUACAAUGAACCUUGUAUUCCUCUUAAUUUUUCAAUAUUACAUCUUUAUGUAAGAUUUAACAAUAAUAGUAUUAUACAAUUGGGUUUGCAACAGGCGAAGCAAAGCGAAUAAGCAGUUUUCGAGUUUAGUGCUUGCUCUCUAUUUGGUUAUCCAGGAUCCGUAUUUUUUGGGAUCUUUUGGCUCUCCAACUCAGAAAACUAUAUCUACAUAUGUCUUUUAUACAUAGGGCAAAAACCGCACCUAAAAUACUUUUUUGUACCUUUGUUAAUCUAUUUGGGAAGAGUCGUCCCAAAAAUUUUCCUGCUAAAGGAAGUAAGACAAUUGGUCGUAGAAUCCGAAGGAUUUCAGUUGUAAACCCAUCUAAAAAUGUAUGGAAAACAGAAAAAAAAGUCCAUAAUUCAGAAUGUUUUACUUCUGCAUCCUCAUUAGUCACUAGGUUUUGCUGUUCAAUUUGAUCAUCUAAUUUUCGGAGCCAGUUUUCUCUUAAUUCUUCGUCGUCUUCCUGUGUAUAGACUGAAAUGUUUUUUUUGAUAUAGUUUGUUAGCUCUUUGUGAAUAGAACGUAUCCAUGGUAAAGCACAUAAUAAUAUCUGCGUAGUGGAAAAC